AUGUCGACCUGCAAUAUCGAACACGACUGGUUCACAAACCUCCUCACAUUCGGCCUUUGUUGCGGUCUCGUCAUUUCCUACUUGCCCCAACACCUUCGCAUAAUCAAUGCUCGCUCAUCAGAGGGGUUUAGCCCUCUUUUUCUGUUGUUGGGCACCACGGCUGCUACGGCGGCUGUUUUGAACAUGGUCACCGUCCAAUCGGGCGUGAUAAAGUGCUGUCGUGUCGUUAGCUUAGGAACGUGUCUCGAAAUAACAGCAGGCGUAUUCCAACUAUUCCUCCAAUGGCUUCUCUUCAGCCUCAUAUUCGUGUUAUACAUAAUAUACUACCCCCCACACCUCAAAUACGUCCAACUCUCCAUAAACACACACGACUCUCGACCACCAACGCACUUCAAGACUCCCGUAAAGUCAGAGGAGUGGAAGCUCUCUAUAGCGCUUGCGUGGACUACCAUUGCCCAUCUCAUCCUCGUAUCAUUCACAACCUUCUUCCUCCUCUCCACCACCACCUCCUCCGCAGAACCCACUCUCCCAGCACAAUUAUCCUCAUGGGCCACCUUCCUAGGCGUAAGCUCAGCCCUCCUCGCAGCCGUCCAAUACGCCCCUCAACUCCUACACACAUACAAAGCCAAGGUGGUCGGUGCGCUUAGCAUACCCAUGAUGCUUAUUCAAAGCCCUGGCGCCGUGUUGAUGGUGUUGAGUAUUGCGUUGAGACCUGGGACGAAUUGGACCAGCUGGAUAACAUUCGCAGUAGCAGGCAUAAUGCAAGGAAGCCUCUUGACCAUGUGCAUAUUCUGGAAAAUUCGACAACGCAAGCUUGGGAUCGACGAUUUUGGGAAUCCCAUCGGACAAGGGGUUGCGGUCACAGAGGCACCCUCAAACCUCGAGACGGAAGCAUCAGAUGCGCAUCAGGGAGAAGUGACAGUAACUGUUAUAGAGGACGCGGAGUACCACGCUCAUAACCUUGCCGGGGAGGAGACGCCUUUGCUUCAUGGCCAUGGGAGGAGGAAUUUGGAGGCUGGGAACUCGAAGGGGUGGUUGGGUUGGUUGAGAAGAUGA